ACCGAGUUCCGUCCUCACGAGACACCCGUAACUCACGAGGUCGAGUCAAGCGCCGCAGCCCCGAGUACUAGUAGACUCCCGGCUCCGUCCACAGUACACUGCACUUGUUCUCGUACGUCCAUCUCCGCGCACGCCCCUCAGUCACACCCGCAGGUCAUUCGCCACUCGCGUGCUGCAACUCAAACUCCAGUCUUUGUAUUCAAUCGAGCGCGGCUCUUCGAACGAUCCGUUUCGCUUCCCUGACCGCCACAUCCUCCACCGCCUCUCCCCACCUUACCUAGAGUCCGGCCGUCAAGUUCCUAGCAAGAUGGGCAUGAGCUAUCGCCGCUAUCUCUCUGGUGCCCGUAUCUACGGCUGCUCGACAUGCAGGACCCAUUUGGCUACCAUACACUCGAUGAUCUCCCGAGCUUUCAACGGGCAACAUGGCAGGGCGUACCUUUUUGACGGAGUUGUGAAUGUGGUUGAAGGCGAUCCAGUCGACAGGCAAAUGACCACUGGAAAUCAUACCGUCCGCGACAUCUAUUGCUGCAAGUGUGGGACGACACUCGGCUGGAAAUACGAUCAUGCGUACGAGCCGUCGCAGAAAUAUAAAGAGGGCAAGUACAUCCUGGAACGAAACUUGCUGGUGGACGUCCAGUGAGCGGCCCGUGCGCCGCGCUCCCGCCUCCUGCGCCUGCGGAGGGCCUGACGAGAUCGACGCUAGUGCCUCGCACUUCAUUCAUGUCUUCGCUCGUCAUGUUCCCAGGACGCACGGCUAUACCAGCUUUCGGUCGUCGGUCACUGCGAUUCCGGUCUCACAUCAGCACACCUCCCGCAACCCCCCAUACCACCCUCUCUCAACACCAUAACCGCUAUCGUCCUUCGCACUGCAAACUAACCCACCAGUGCCCCGGCGAGCCGCUGCUCGCAUGUACAUCGCGUACGUGCCGCCCAUCCCCUCACAAAGCAGCUCGCGUCUGCGCCUCGGAACUGCGCCAUCGCAAUACGCUAACAGGCGUUGAUGCGCGAGCCUCCGGGGACACAUACCAGGCUGCGGAAGACGCUGCUCCCGCAGCUGUCUGUAUUCUAGUUCCCGUCACCUUAGACAUGAAGUGAUGGUGACUCCUGUCCCCAUCCAUUCUCUCUCCUUGGUUCUUGAGGCGCCUCCAUGUGGACGUCGCUUUAUUCGACCUUAGAGCUACUGUUGUUCCCUUCCGCCUUAUACCGCUAAUAUAACCCAACACCUUGGCUUCCAUGAGACCAGCUUCGUGUUUCAUCGCUGCAUCGUCUUUGCAGCAUUCAUUGAAGCACGCGUGUCAGGUUAGCUAGGCGUGUCCCUCUCAGCCUCCGCCUCCGCCCUACUUAUUAUGAAAUCUAUGUUAGCUGUAUAUACGCAAAGCUUUUGCAGUGUUUAGAGAACUGGCGUAUGUAUAACAUGUAUGUCUGUCGAUAGCAAAUCAAGUUCAUUGAUGC